AUGAUCGCCGAUAGCACCACGAGAAACUCCAGAAAACCAACUCGCUUCUCCCAGCUCGGCAGCAUCAAUGUCGUCAGAAAACACAUUCUUCUGAGGGUUGAUUCGAGCUCAGACGCUUCGUCGCUUGGUGGAACGACGCUCCAUGAGUAUAAGCAGGAGGACGAUUCGUAUGGACUCAAGAAGGUUGGUACGAACUCGUCGCUUGAUUCGGACUUGACGGUGCAGAGUAAGUUCAAGGUCCAGUUCCAGCUUACGCCGAAAGAAAUCAGUCUUUUGAGGUAUACUUGGAAUAAGAUGUUGGUGGACGAGGAGAUUGAGCACCUGGAGCUGUCGCUUCCUAUUGAGGGAACUAUCCAAGUGAAGCAGAACCAGGUCAGCCAGGUCUCUUCUCGGUAUGCAUCUAUGGCGCUGUCGAUGUUUUGCAUUUCUUUCUACCACAUAUUGCUUUCGAUGGAGCCAGACUUGGAGGUGAUGUUUCCGUCGUUGAGACACCAGGCUGUGUCAUUUUCCAGUGUCAUUUCUUUGGCCAUCAGCUCCCUAGAGAACCUUUCGGUGCUCGACGACUACCUUACCAAGCUUGGCAACACGCAUGCUAGAAUCUUGGGCAUUGACCCUCCACAGUUUGAGCUCAUGGGCGAAGCAUUCAUCCAGACUUUCCACGAACGGUUCGGUACAAAGUUCACCCACGAGCUUGAGGUCUUGUGGAUCAAGCUCUACAUGUACUUGGCCAACUCGUUGUUACAGAAUGGGUUGGAUCCUACGCUUAAACUCGAUUCCCAAGUGUUCCUGCGCUCUGGCGUUUACACUGAAAGUGUCUACACUACCGAUUCAGAUGCCAGUUCGGUGAAUCUGAGACCCAAGAGUGAUUUCAGAGACUCCAGAACGGACUCUUCCUUCGACACCACGUCAGCAUAUUCCGCGAGACCAGAGAAGCCCAAGCUUAGACAGCCCAAGCCAUUGGAAAAGAAGCAAAAGAAGAAAAGAGAUUGUGUCAUUGUCUAA